CGCACGCACUCAUCUCCCCUUUCUCCCUGUUAGUGGUCGCCAGUACACAGCACCCACCUACCUAACCUAGAUAGAUAGAUAGGCAGGAGCUGAUAUCCAUGGCCAGCAUGGCACCGUCGCCGGCGAGCUCCUGCGUGUCCUCCGACGAGGAGGAGGCCGCGGCGGCCAAGGCGAUGGUGGUGGCGGGGUGCCCGCGGUGCCUCAUGUACGUGAUGCUCUCGUCGGAGCCGCCUCGGUGCCCUCGCUGCAACAGCCCCGUGCUCCUGCAAUUCCUCCACGGCGCCGACGCCAACACCGCCAACGCCAACGCCGACGCCAACACCAACAUGCACGGCGGCAAGAGCUAGCCUGCCUGCUUGCUACUCCUUUCUUACCCACUGUAGCCGUGAUGAUCUGCAUGGGAUUUUCAGGUCGUAGUCAGGAAGUAGCUAGCUUUCGAAUCGACUUGCAGCAUCGUUGACCAACCAAAUCUAGAAUUUGAGCGGACUGCGAGAAAGAGCGUUUGCAAUGUGGCUUGUGACCAAUCACCGUGUGGCUGGAUGAUUGGAUUGCACGACUAUUUCUGCUUUGUUUUGAUUCUAGUAUUGAAGAUGGGUUCGUGACCGAUCAACCUCCAGCUAAUUAUAUAGCACAGCAGUAUAGCCAGCCCGGAUGCUGACUGGGAAUGAUCAA